AUGGCAUCUUCUAGUGAUAGAAAUUUUCGUACUUUCAUCGUUCUCACGUCCAGAAAAAUAACGGAUGAUGUAUUGGGAACGUUGAAAUUUUUGUGCAAAGACGAAUUGGCAGAGGGAGAGAUUGAAUCCACCAAUAACUCCCUAGAGUUUUUAGAAUUACUAUGUAGACAGCAUAAGAUUUGGCCCGGAGAUAUGGGUUACUUGUCAGCCCAUUUGGAAACUGCAGGGAACUUUAAACUAGCCAAAGAGAUCAAAGAAUGGGGUGAGUGUGUAUAUUGUUCUAUUCAUGUUGAAGGCAAAAUAUAACAUGAUGUCCGGCUGCGGUUAAGCCAAGUAAGAUAUGAAUCAGGCUCGUAUUUCCAUUGAAGAGCAAUCAGAGAAUUUUAACAAGUUUUUUAAAAACUUUUAACUAAGAAGCUUUUAAUACAAGUAUCUUCCUCUUUUUCGGAUCUACAAUAUAAAAUGUAUCCUGCGCUGAGAGUAGAUAUAGAAGUAUCUUUCGGCGGCACAAGUAACUUACAAACGAUUAUGUUGAUUCACAUGUGAUUCACGUAUUCUGAUAUGUAGAGAACUGUAGUUACGAUAUUGUAUCGAAUAUUGUACUCCAGAUAUGCUAAGCUGUUUGUUAGACACGCACUAGUACGUGCGAACGUAAACAAGCCAUGUAAAAAAAGCCGAGCGACGGGAAUGUCUGCCGCGCGCUGUGUCCCAACACAGCAUUUUCCUUCUUUGAAUACGACCCACAGAUAACGCACGGCAAACAAAUCGGCAAUAGAAAACAAAGUUUUUGGAAAAACAGGGUACAUUGAGCUAGUGAAACAAACUAUUAAAUAAUUUAAAUUUUCCGUUUGGAAAAUAAUCGUCCUCGCAGCACACGGUGUGAAUGUUUUGUCUUAUUGCCAAGAGUUUGACAUAUUUUUGCUCUCAAUUGUAUCAGGCCUUCCUAAGGGGCCUGAUACUCAGGCUAUCUCAAUUGUCGAGCGCCAGAGAAGAUGUCACGCAAAAUUCCAUGAUCCAGUGCAUGAGAUAAUUUAGGGUAACACUGAAGUGAAUGAUGCAUAAUUUCGUUGCAUAUUUUUGGAAAGGAGGUGAUUUCUUAAAAUCUUAUUGAGCAAAAUGACCCCGUAAACAAGUUGCAUUCUUUCACGAACCGUAAAAGGGACAGAACAGAGUUCAACAUCUUCACGUGUAAACCGCGUUUUAUACAGCCAAUGGCAAAUCAGUAUUUUCGAUUAUAGCCAUCAGUAUUUAAAAAGCUACAAUCACAGACAAAAGUAGUUGGAAAGGUUGCACAACUUAACAGUAGUCCAUUUUAAAUCCUGAAAAAAGAGAGUUUUCUCUUUUGCUUAAUAUCCCCCGUCCCCCCUUUUUCACGCACAAACAUUGUUUUGAUCAACAUUGGGCUAGGGGCGGGGGGAGGAAGGAAAAGAAGAGGUAAAGAAGGCAACCUUCCCAACACUUUUGACGAUGAUAAGGAGAAUAGGAAAUCAACUUUAAACGCUUAUAAAACUUGUCGCAUUUAACAUUUGAUUGAGAGUAUCUCGCCCUAGAACUGUGCUGAUAAUGCACUUUAAAAACUAUCUAAGAAAUAUAAUGAAAGUGAUAUUUCGGUAAAAUAAUAAAUAGGAGAAUUUUGCAUCUGACGUGUGUGACAUUUCAUAGCAUGACCACAAAUCCACUGGGUGAAAACGCUUUCUUUUAAGAACGUCAGAAGAAAACAUUUAAGGGCUUUAAUUUUCCUCAUGAAGCAAGAGGACGCUUUCUUCGCGUGGACUAUGCAGAAAGAAUGGUAACAGGUGGUCUAUUUCACUAGAUUUAACGAAAAGUCAUGGCGGUAUUUUUAAGUAAAAAAUGCUAUACGAUUGCUGUCGUUGUCAUGUAAACAUGUAUCUUUUUCAUCAGCGGCAUUAUUCCUGGUUAACUUUUUCCGUUUCCUAUCAGCGAAAUAAUUUGAAAGAUGUUACAAAUAGAAAUGGCAUAAAGGCUGCCACAAUAAAGUUUUUUUUUUCAUUCUGGCGGUGUUAAACUGUCCUAGAAAAGCGUGAUGUUUGUAGUUGCGAGGUAGGAGUGAGAUAAGUGCCCAAUUAAAAUCUUCUAGACUGUAUUUUCGUAAGACCUGAAAGUAAUACGGAACCUCUAUAAAAGAGUUUAUUCAGCUAUGUUCAGUGUUCAUAUAGAAAUUGCUGUCCUAGCGUCGCCUGUCAAUCAUUCAGUUAAUUUGAGAACAGUAAACAACAUAUAUGCACAAUUAACCAACUUUCAAACAAGAAAAAUGCAAAAACAUGUAAACCAUGUAAGAAUAUGGACAGCUUUUGUCGCAUUUAUCUACGGGGAUAAAUUUAACAACUGUUUCCCAACAUUACUCCAUUUAAACAGUGCUCCAUAAAGGUCAAUUAGCAAAGUGAGUUUAAUUUCAACACUACCCAUGGAGUAAUGUCGUAUUUUACUUAGAAUUAAGCUAAAUUGUCUAUGAAAAUUCGUUUGGUUAAUUAAUGUCGUUGCAAAGCCCCGAACAAGUCAAUUAGGGUAUGUUGUCGUUAGCGCUACUAUAAAGGAAUUAUUUUCGGCUACAAGAGUGGAGUAAUGUGGUGUGUGAUGACUUUGCCUGUGUUACCUUUUUUAAUUAGAUUAACGAAGACAAUAGACGCCUUAUUCUAAAUCAAGAGCGUACUUUGUUCUCGUUUUCUGAAACAAGUUUCGAAAAGCAGUGCCACAAGGGCUUAACUAAAGUUAUUCAGCCAGAGAAAGUGGCCUCUAGAAUUCGGCAAAUCUCCACUCAGCCUCACGAGUUUGCUCGCGUGGCAAAUUGGCGUGUGCUGAAAUUCUGUAAAAUGGGGGAGCUCCUAAGGAAUAUGCCAGCUGCAAUGUCGCGAUCCGAAUGAUUUUUGGGGGAACUGGUGAACGCACUAUAUCUUGCUUUAACAUUUGGAGCAUAUCAACCUAUGCUAUAGUCAAUAGCUUUCACCGAAAAUAAUCUUACAUUUGUAUUUUGGCCCUCUUCCUGCGCCCUGGACUGAGAGCAAUAGUUGUACUUACCGGGUUGCAAAACAUGCCGAAUAUAAACGGGUGUGUGCGCCAAAAACUGUCUUAACAAGGUACGGCAAAUAUUUUUUUUAAACAGAGUACUGUUUACGAGUGUUUUUUGAAGACGUUUCUACUGACAAAAAGUCGUCGAGUUUUGACCUUUUACGGCCACACGCAGAAUUUUCAGACAAUCACAGACAAAAGUAGUUGGGAAGGUUGCACAACUUAACAGUAGUCCAUUUUAAUCCUGAAAAAGAGAGUUUUCUCUUUUGCUAAAUAUCCCCCGUCCCCCCUAUUCAAUGUUGGGAUAUAACAGAACAAUUACACGCACAAACAUUAACGUUUUGAUCAACAUCUAAAGUCGUCGAGUUUUGACCUUUUACGGCCACACCCAGAAUUUUCAGACAAUCACAGACAAAAGCAGUUGGAAAGGUUGCACAACUUAACAGUAGUCCAUUUCAAUCCUGAAAAAAGAGAGUUUUCUGUUUUGCUAAAUAUCCCCCGUCCCCCCUAAUUCAAUUUUGGGAUAUAACAGAACAAUUACACGCACAAACAUUAACGUCAUUAACGUUUUUUAUCAACAUUGGGCCAGAGGCGGGGGGAGGAAGGAAAAGAAGAGGUAAAGAAGGCAACCUUCCCAACACUUUUGACGAUGAUUGUAGUUUCGCUCUCUGCACCAAAGACUUUACCAUAGUAGCAACUGAAGACGAACUGUAUUCUUGCAGAAUUCCAAACAUUCGCAUAGACUGUUAAGCAACACAACAGUAAACAGAGUAAAUACCAACGAAGGAACAACAAGACAUCGCGCUUUUGUCCAAAGACUCACUUCAAAAAAAAUUAAAUGGACUGCAUCAGGCUAUCAGCGGUUAGAGAAUGAUCUUGACUCGCACAGAGCAUAAUUCUCCAUACUUGGCCGGUAGCUUAGGUUUAACCUACCGUGUACAACCCAAAUCUGAAGAUCUCACUAUCCGUGAAAAUUCAAAAUCCUUGAAACAACACUUAUGAGCUGGGUCUCAGCUUCAGCCCAGGAGGGGCGUGGGGGGGAGCUUAACUUUUGUAUCCCUUUUAACUGCUGGAAAUGCACUAUCACAAAAUAGGAAUCACUCACAACUAUAGAACGCUUUCUAGACGGGUAAGGGGCUGGACCUCGGGACGGAGCCUCCCCGUACAAAUAUUCGUUGAGUACCCCUCUGAGAUUUCGGGCGGAGCCUCCCCGUAUAGACCAUCAUAGGGAGUACCCUCCCCCCGGGCAUACCAGGAAAUAAUCACAUUCACGGACAAAGAAACUUACAUGCAUGCAUGUACGGUUAUUCCGUAGAUCCAGGAUUUACGGAGAAAACCUUAGAUGACAGAAAUAUUUAUUUAGCCGUAAUACUAAAUUAAAGCUUUAGGUUUAAACAGAGGUCAAAAGAAAAUUAAAACACUUUACAACUGCAUCUGUGGUCAGAUCCGUCAGGAACACAUCAAGAACCAUAAACCACACUGAGGAAAUGAUUACUCAGUAUGCAUGCAAUUCUCUGUAGUGCUAGUAACUUUAACUUUAACUUUAUUAUUCCAUCGUUCAUAUAGUACAAACUCGGUAAAGCCAAAGCCAGGGGCUUAUACGACCAGGGGUCAAAAUGAUAGAAAUUAUGUUAUGUAGAAAUGAAGACUGAAGGCUAAAUUACAAAACUAAAACAAGAUACAAAACUUAAGAAUUGAGUAAGUUUACACUGAUGCAAGCAGUCCUAUAGCAGUACUAGUGACAAAUAAACUAACAAUAAACUAUGAGAAUCCUGUGCUAAUGAAUUCCGGCUUAAAAAGUAAAGUUUUAAUUUCUUUUUAAAGUUUAAGUGGUGAUGAAAAACGAAUCUCCCUUACACGACUCUCUUCCCACGAAAAAUAUUUUCAAUCUAUUCUUGGUUCUGUGUCACACUGCGUGGUUAUUUUAAGGACGCCACCUUAUUGUUCGGUUAGAGUGGCGUCAUAUAAUUUUAAACUUGGCGGGUAAUUCAUUUCACUGCCGAUCACGUAGCCUGCGUGGCAGGCGUAAAACAGGCGUAAACGCCUGCCACGCAGGCUACCGAUCACGCACAGCAAGCGAUAUGACGUGCAAACUUUAUAUUUCUUUCGUCGACGAGUCAAAAGAUUUAUACGUGGAAUAAUCUGGCCAGAGUAGCUGACGAAGAUCAAAACGGUCCUGGCUUGUUUACCAAAAACCGUUUAUUUUAAAAACAGCUUGAAGCAUCUGACCUGAUUUGUGUUUGCACAGCGAAAUAUUCAUCGCCAGUGUUAGACGUUAAGAAGAAGUAAUGCAGUUUGAAACUCUCAAGAAUAAUUCUUAAAAGCAAAGGUACUGUUUCUGAACGAAAAAUAUUCCUGGAAAAAGAGAAAAAAUAUCUUGCACAUUUGCAUAAACAAUUGAAGCCUGCCACUAAUUAAAGGUUUCGUGUUUCGCGCGUGAUAAACUUUUGCCUCUGGUUUUCACAGUGUGUCAGAAUUCAAUAUUCGUUACUUUAUAUGAGGCUACCAGCCGUUAGAAAAUCUCAAUCUUUAAUCUCAAAGUGAAAUUUUGACUCCAAUACUGCAAUUUUGGUAAAUGAAAUUCAUUCCUGAAUUAUGAAUGGAAAGCGCUGAUCAAAAACAUGUCAACAACAGGAGCCGAUUAGUAUCGGCUCCUGGCGAUAAUUACUAUAAUGGCUGUCAAACUUCAAAUGUUUGGCGACGAAACAUGUCACGUUCACGUGAAAGUAGAGACUGCGCGGGUCACGGAAACAACAGACAAAAAUAACCUUCGCAGCACGCGCGCGAACUUUAAAUAGAUUUUAAAAAAUUAUCAUUGGGCACAGGGAUUCGCUCUCUUAGCUCAUUCUCUCUUGAUACCGGAUAGUGAUUUAUAGCUCUUGCGGGUUGCGCCGACAAGAAAACCAUACAGGAUAAGGCUUUUGUUCACACAUAAGAACCGUGAUUUCAAAUGGCGUGAUUUUUGUAACUGAGCGAAGCUGCGCCGAACUUGAAAUCGAAAAUAGAUCGUCAGGCUUCUGCCACUCUGUCGUCGUGUGAACUGGUAUCUUCGGACCGUAGGGGAGGGUUUGUUUUCACCAAACCCUCUCGGCCAACCGUUCCGGCACGAUGUUCGAAGUGUGUGAACUAGUUGUUGCUGUUCUGUGCUGUUUAUUGUACAAGCAGUAGGUUUUCAUGGCAUGUCGGCCCAAAAGCUAUCCAGUAUACUGUAAACAUAGGCAAGAUAAGUUACUCCUCGUUACUGGGAUAAGAAACAGGAAGUUUUUUAAAUGUGAGAUGGCCGAGAAAAAUUUCAAAACUCGUUCUUUUUACACGAGACUACCAGUUAUAGUUUUUCUCUCAUACUGCGCAGUGUGCAAAAACCUUUAUAGCGCAGCUCCCGCGCGCGCAGAGGCGCCUCACUGCUAAGAGAAAUUAGUAACCUAUGAAAGCAAGAAAAUUUGGUUAUGACGUAGCGUAUGCCCGAACGACCGCCCGUACACCCACUACAUGUAAGCCGAUGCCAACUGUCAGGUUAUUUUCGCGGGAAAGCGUAUUGCCACCCGCGUCUUGUGAAGCAGACACAACUAAAGAGUCAAGACAAAAAUGGAAAACGAAAAAUAUUUCUGUAUCCGUGUUGUUUAAAGUAUUAAGCUUAGAUUAAUUGUCAUGUCCACAAAUUUGGAAUAGAGAGGAAAAAAAGACAGUGGACAAGAGAAAGUAGCGCGACAGGAAAAACAUAAAAUUUUGUGGCGGCGGGAUGCUGGCGGCCACCAGGGUGAGAAAGGGCGACAGUGACAAAAGUGAACAAAAACACCUCCCACAUUUCCUCCAUAAAACUUGUAACUAGGAAGUUUAUGGAAGUCUCACGUUGUAAUCGUGCAAAAUAACGGCAAAGAAAUGUACAGAAAAAGAGUGCUGCUCUAUUGUUGUUUUUUCACCGUUCUCGUUCCUUUCAGCGCUUAGCAUUACAUGUGCGACUUUAUAUUUUGUUUGAGCAAAUUAUAAAAAUUAUCGAGAGCUUCGCUUUCAUCCCUGGCUAAAUCUAUAUAUUAUCUUCAAAAAUCAAUCUCUAAUAUAAAUUAACGUACUUUAGAUGAAGACAUAUCUACAAAUAGUGCGAAAGAAGUGUGUUUCAGAAUGAGGCCAAUACUACAGUAUUUGUUUUACGUUAUUUAGUGAUUGCACCUGUCUGCUUAUUGCUUAUUAGGGAACAUAAGAUCCGAGGAAGGCGACGGCAGCGAAAACAGCGCCACCUAAAAAGUGAAUUCGCGUUCAUUCAGUGUUCAUCGCGACAGUUCCAACUAACUUACUUUAGGCACUUUAAGAUCCAACGAUGCGGACGGCAACGAGGACAACAAAAAACAAUAGGUUUUAUAAGCAAACUAACAACUUUGCUCGUGCACUACGCUUUUUUGUACAUUUCUCUGCCCGUUUUCGCUCGACUACGACGUGAAAAUGCCUAAUUUCACGUUUUAUGGACUACGUAAACAAGAAACGACGAAAUUUUAUUUCUCUUUCUGAACUUGGAUAUGGUCCCUAGGAAUUCAAAUACAGGAGUGUUCACCUACAUUUGACAAAGUAAGUGUGUAGGAAUAAUUGCGAUAAAUGCUAAAAGAACGCAGUUAAAUCCACUUUUUAAGCGACGUUCUCGUUGCUGUCGCUUCGUUGGAUCUUAAAGUCCAUUUUGUCAAAAUUAUGCGAACUCUCCUUUAGUUGAUUUCCUAACAACCAUAUCCAUGUUCAGAAAGAGAAAGAAAAUUUCGUAGUAGCUUGUUUGCGUUCCCCAUAAAAGGUGAAAAUAGGCAUUUUCACGUCGUAGUCGUGAUGUGACGGCAAAGAAAUGUACAAAAAAGCGUGAUGCAUGUGCAAAGUUGUUGUUUUGGUCAUCGUAACCUUUUGCUUUUUUAACGUUCCCGUUGUCGUCGCUGUCGUCGCAUCUUAAAGUCCCUGUUGCUAUGUUAUGGCGCUACGCACGAUUUACUAUUAACGCCACUAUGCAUACAUAAAUUAAUAAAAUACUAGAAAGUGAUAAAAAUUCGGUAUCUGUUUUCAAAUAUAUGGUUUUUUCUUUUUGAUUCUUUGACCCUUCAGAAGUAGUAUUGUUUGCAAAAGUUUUUUAAAACACGUGCCCUACAGCCAUUUUCGCGCAGGCAUGCGCACGCAUGCGCAGGCGACAGUCCAAGUCCUGAACACUGGGUGACAACCUCGUUCCCAGGGUCCUCUAUUACGUGUCCCCUGGAGCGAGAGAGGGAGGAGCAGUAGAGCAUCCUGGGAACGAGGUUCCCCUGGAUGAUAUCUUCAGAGGGAUGGGGCGCUAAGCGACUUUUUGUCUUUAUUUUAGUACCACGACGAACAAGCAACCUACCAUACCAGUGCGAAUACUUUGUUGGAAGGGAUGCUGUCGUAGAUCAGAUCAAGGAAAAGUUGACAACAAAUUCAUCAAACAUGAUUAUUAUCAUCGCUUUACCUGGCAUGGGCAAGACAGAGGUUGCAAUCCAUGUCGGACACUUGUUGCAAAAAGAACACUGGCCUGUUGUGUACGUCAAGGAGAAAAAACUCAUAGAGAUCUGCCAAAACAUUCUCCAUCAGUUAGAUCAUCGACAUUGGACAUUAGACAGUGAUGUGAUUUCACACUGCAAGCGAAAGCUAUCGGAGCACGAAAAAGACACGAUAGUCAUUCUUGACAACACAGAAGAUGCACAAAAAGAUAAAGAGUUCGAUGACUUUUUUGAAUUCAUGGUGAAGUUUGCGCCGAAGAUUCGAACCAUCAUAACAACACAGUAUGACAUCAACAGCCUCGAUUCAGCAGACAGCAUUCAUAAGAUUCGCCUCGAUUCUUUAGAUCCUUCCUCAUCUUCUGAACUUUUGUUGAAAAGGGCACCGCGUAUUCCAAAAGCUAUUGCUGAAGAGAUUGGCAAGUUGUGUGACGGGAUACCCUUAUUUCUUAGCUACAGUGGCUUAAUGAUGGCUGAUGGCUUCUGCCCCGAAGUUUUUGCCCGAGAGCUGAGAAAAAAUCCCGUGAGAGUUGUACGCGAUAACGAACAUCUAACCCGGUUUUAUACCAACAUUGACCGCUUUUUUCGCCUUUUGCCUGAAGUGGUGUUGAGGAAGCUAGUCCGCCUUUCCGUAUUCCCAACGAGUUUUUCUGUGAACGACAUCCGGUUUUUGUUCAAGGAUGAUUUUGAAGUGGAAGUAGAAAAGACAAAAUUGAUUCAGUGGUGUUUGCUUAAAAAGUUGAACGAUGAAGACGUUUUUGCUAUUCAUCAGCUUGUUAAGACUUAUUGCAAAGAGCAAAGAGAAAGCUUAGGCAUGGCUAAUGAAGGGCGCUCCGCAGAGACGGCUUUCAAUCAACACUACCUCAAGAUUCUGCGAGAUCUUCACAAUCUGUUUCUCACAAGAGAUUCAUCAAAGGCCAUUCAAAGGUUCAGGGAAGAUAAAGCAAAUAUCAUGGAAGCAUUUGAGAUCUGUCUUUGUGACUCUAGUGAGCCCGACGACAAAAUUUUUGCUAUUGAUGUUGCUAAUGAAGUCGUGGACUUCUUAGCUAAAGUGUUAUCACCACCUAUGGAAUGCACCCUUUUGUAUCAAAAGUGUUGUGAGAUCGCUAGGGACUCCAUACGUGACGGUAAGAGACUUGCAUACAGCUUAAAUUCCCUUGGUUUCCGUUGUUUAGAUGACGCAGAACACUGCAAAAGCGACGGUGCGGAGCAUGCUUGUAAGAAGUUUGAAGAAGCUUGCUCAAUAUUCAGAGGAUUGCCAAAGGAGACUCAGAAAUGCGAGAAAUACGCUCACGUAACCUCCAAACGUGGCUUGUGUGUGUUACUCCAGGUGAGAGACUUUUUUUUGUCCUUACUUCCAGUAGAUUGCUUUUUUCAUGAGACAUUAGCUUGCGUUAAUCCGUCAGGAUUAGAGAGCGAAUGUAAGCCUAAGAAAUCAGCCGACAUUUCGCGACACCACUGGUGUCCCCGUGAAAUGACGUCUGAGAAACAAGCGCAGAAAUUCCAUACUGAUGACGCUUCACUACCCAGAUCUGGGUAGUGCUUCUGAUUGGAUAGACUACGAGUAGUCCCCCAUUUUUUCUCAGGGAUAGUAGAGCGAGCGAAACGCGAGCGCGCGUGAAAAUCACCCCACGCGAGAAAAGGCGACACAUGUGCGUGAAAUUGACUAGAUGGCGGAAUUUCAUUUUGUACUGAGUUUAAUUUAGCAACGAUCUAAAUUUAGCGAUUUUAAGAAAAAAUCGCUAAAUUCGCUAAAUUUAAGUGUCGCCAAAAUUUCACGUAGUAAGGUAAUUGAUAAUCGCAACUGAUCAGCUUUAGGAAUACAGUCUAUGGCAUUUGCUCAUAUUAAUUUUCUUGCUUUUGUCUUUAAGGGAGAUGUAGAAGGAGGAAGGAAAUCAAUCCUCGAGGGAAUCAAACUAAGAGAGGAGUUGGGUGUUCAACUGUAUAUCGCUGCAGGAAACUGUGAUCUUGGACGUAAGAAACUAAAUAUUCGCUUGGCACGUCUAUAUCAUUUACCUUAUUUACUCGUACAAGCGACGAGGCCCUUACUAAGCGCCUCAAAUGCGGCGCUUAUUGGAGGACGGUGUUCAUUUGAAAGUUGGACGCGGUGAAGAAGGGUAGGCGCCAUAUAUAUGAUGUUGGUGUUUCUUUUUUUUUUCAAAUGCGGCGCUUAUUCGAGUAAAUAUGGUAAUUAGUAGCAUCAUAGAUGGUGAAUAGAAGGUCUCGGCAGUAAGACUGCACAAAACAAAGCGACUAGAAUCCAAGAAUGUAGUUACCCGUAUUCCUCAUUUAUUUUCGAUCGCCUAAGCAUGCCAAUAAAACAAGAGGGUCAUAAUGGGCGUUUAACCUAUAGCCGAGAGUUGCUCAAAAUUUUCAGUCUGCUGAGGUUAAUAGGUACGGUGAUGUCUUGUUUAGGUGCUAGCAGAGCAAUCGUAAAAAAUGUUACUGAUACUUCCGAAAAUUCGAGCACCCGGCCCAUGCAGUCCCCAUACAGUCAAACAUGGCAGUAAAAGUAGAGGUUCAUCGAGGAUAAGACACGGAAUAAAUUAAUAAAUUGUUAGAUUGUCAGAUGAUUAUGGAAAUAAUGCAAGUAUUACAGUCCCAGAAUGUAACCAUGCAGUGGCGGAUCCAGGGAAGGGGCCCCGGAAGCCGGCUAUUAGACCGCUUCCCCCCCCCUCCCCAACUUAUUUUUAGACCAAACUGAGUUCUGAAGGGUCGAAAAAAUUUUUUUGGAGACCCCCCCCCCCCUCCUUAUAUAAGGGUCUGGAUGUCCGCCCCACCCUCUUAUCUAAAGGUCUGGAUCCUGGCACUGCCAUGAACAUACAUAGUUUUGUUGCCGCUAUACAUACAAAAAUAAUCAGUCGGUCAUUGGAAAUUCAGAUUUUAGGAAAAUGAUCUAUAGUGAUAUCAAGUAAAUCAUCAUACUGAUGAGCAGGUAUUUUUGAAGAAUUUUUAAUUUUUUUAUAGAUUCUUACCGACAUUGUGGUGACUACAAGAAGGCUCUGGAAAUUUGGCAAACAAAGACGCUGCCGGUUUACAUAGAGCAGCUAGGUAACGCUCAUCCCUGGACGGCUUCAGUUAUUCAGCACAUCGCAUCCAUGUACCUGGAGCUUGCACGAAAGGAUCCAGCGCAGUACGCUGAGUCCGCCGAGACUUGCACCAGACGAGCUUUAAACGUGAGGUGGAAGCUGUUAGGUGUGCAUCAAGACACAGCUCGUUCGCACACUCGGCUAAGCGAAGUUCUUUGUAUACAAGGGAAAUUUGAAAUGGCCUUAAAAGAACUUGAAGAGGCUUUGGACAUUCAAAACGAUGUCUUGGGUUGUGACCACGAGGUCACGCUCAACACGAUAAAGAAAAAAGGAGAGGUUCUAGAUGCUAUGAGACGAACAGGGCAGGUCCAAGAGUCUGAGGAGACACUGCUAGCACAUAAAUUUGCAAACAUUCACUUUCCGAACAACUAA